GGGAAAGAUAGACUACUCGCUGGUAGUGAUGAAACUUUUAAUGAUUUUGAGCUAUGCGAAGUGCCUACCAGCUCAGAAAAGAAUAUUUGCAAAGUAAAGUGUGUGAAGAAAAAAUCUGGCAUUAAGAAGACGAAACCUAGAAGGAAUCCAACCCAAGCAGUAGAAAUGGAAAGCGAACGCCAAGCUGAAAGGAUCCCAGAGAGACUAAGUGAAAAAGAUUUAUCCAAUAAUUUGCCUAGCAAUCUGAAGGAGCUAACCAAAGUAUUUGAGAAAAAUUUAGAGACCAAGAAAUCUGAUAAGUUCAAGACUCCUGACAAGCUUGACAAGUUUCUCGCCGGUAGAAAUAUUUCUCUUAACUGUCUCAUUUCUGAUAAGGGAGUAAAUGAUAUUUUCGAAGUAACAAUAUUUAACGCUAAUAACAAUAGAGUCUCUUUUCUCACGGAGGCAAUCAGAACCCAUCAUCUAGAUCGAUUUCAAGAUAUAGAUUUGACCAAUUUGGCUUUAUAUAGGAUCGCACUUAUAGCUGAUAGUAUCAUAAUCAACAGUUUAAGAAACAUCAGUGAAUUUGAAGUAGAAGGUGCAAUAAGAAUGGAACCGCAAGAUAUAAUUUUUACUUAUUUUCCUAUACAACCCUAA